ACGUCAGGUGGCAGCAGCGGCGGCGCCUCAGUUUGUAAACAUUGUCUCUCAGCUGAUUGUUCCUUCAUUAUUGUUCAGUAAAUCUACAACAAUAAACAGGAUGUCGGCCCGCAAUCAAGUUAUUACACAACAAAUCAAGCAAGACUGGAUUAAUCGUGAAUACAUUGAGGUCAUCACCAGCAAUAUCAAGAGAAUUGCUGAGUUUCUGAACAGCUUUGAUAUGUCAUGCAGAUCAAAAUUAAGUCAACUCAAUGAGAAGUUGACUAUGUUGGAGCGGCGCAUUGAGUACCUUGAAGCAAGAGUUACAAAAGGAGAAACACUUAACUGAGUACAUUACCAUGCAAUCAUGCAAAUGUACAAAUGUAGCAUUCAUUUGCUGCAUGAUCUAUUAUUUACACACGAGACUAAUAGACUUAAGUAUGAGGCUGAAAGUACACAUUUCGAAAAUAAAAUUAUGUACAUCCUGGAAAUGAAAUAGAUAACUGAUCCUAAUGGUAAAACUGUCUCCAGUAUUCCCUGAUUAUUUUGUCCUUUUUCAGCAAACUUUACAAAACAAAUUUAAAAUAGAAAAUUAUGAUCAAUAUUAAUCAAGAUGUCACCUCUUAAAUGAGCACAUUAUAAAAUAUUAGUUGUAUAUACUACAAAAUGAACACUGGUAAAUUUUUACUGUGAUCUCUUCUAGGCAUUAGUUUUCCAUUUUUGUUAUAUUAAAUACAAUAUAUAAUAA